AAGCUUCCAAAUCCUCUCACAUCACCGCAUUCCUACAUUCCCCCAGCUCUCCUGCUUGCGGAUCUCCUCCUCGAUCUGCGAUCCAUAUCCAUCGUCGCCAUGCUGUCUUCCCACUGCGAGAGCAUGCUGGCUUACGCCGCCGCCGCCGCCGGACGGCGCGCCAUGCUGGUCGACCCCCGGCGGUACCGGCCGAACGUCGAGGUGGCGCCCAACUGCCCUCGCUGCGACUCGCCCAACACCAAGUUCUGCUACUACAACAACUACAGCCUCAGCCAGCCGCGCUACUUCUGCAAGGGUUGCCGCCGGUAUUGGACCAAGGGCGGAUCCCUCCGGAACGUGCCCGUCGGCGGCGGCUGCCGCAAGAACCGGCGGGGCAAGCCGGUGCGGCCCUUGGCCGACACGGCCUCCGAGAACCACGGCGCAGCAGCGUUCUCUCACCAGUUCCACGGCCCGGUCCGGCCCGACCUGCUCCUAGAAGGCAUGGUCGGCAACCCGGCCGAGCUCGGCCAGCCGGCGUCGGCCGACAAGCCCACCGAAGCCGCCGAGGGCUCGACGAUCGAUCUGGCAGUGCUCUACUCCAAGUUCUUGAGCCAUCAGUCGCACGCCGAGCAGCGCGCCGUCGGGCCGGAAUCGGCCGACCCCUCGAGUGGGUCAAGCACGGAGAUGAGCCCGCCGGCCCUAUCCAGCCCGGGCCAACACGGUUUCGGCGAAAUUUGCGGGGCGCCGAGCAGCACGGAGCCCGGCGAAACGACCAUGCUCGAGUGCGGCGACGCGCGCGCGCAGGCGCUUGGCGAGUUGAACUUCGGCGUAGACCAGAGCUGCUACGACUCGCUGGGGUUGCCAGCGGACGGCGGCGAUCUGAUGCUCCCGUCGGCGUGGGGCCAGGAGGCCAAGUACGAGCCGUUCAAUUCGCUUCCCGAGGAGGACGCCAUGAGCCUCCACGAAGGCGUCGCCGGCGGCUACGAUGUGUGGAGCAAGGUGAUGGGCUGCCAAGGGCUGGAAGCUGCUCUCUCUGCAGGCUUUGAUCGAUGUUGAGCUCAUUUUCCAGCUUGUUCCAUCGCCGCUGCAUGCAUGCCGCUCUUGUGAUUGAUUCCACGUCUCUUCUUUCGAAUUUCCUCCCCCUUAUUUUACCCUUGUUCAGAAGUAACUUAUAUGAUGUGUUCUUCACGGUCAAGGAGUAUAUAUAUAUACAAGUUGGAUAAAAAAAAAAAGGAUGUAAUGUAAUAUUAAUAAUGUUGAUAUUAUUAUUGGCAAUAUACUUACUAUUAACAGCUGGGUUUU